GCGCACUGAAGCAUGCAGAGGACCUGGCCUUGAAGUCAUCGAGGCUUGCACUGUACGGUGUUGCAGUGUCAUGGGAUCUUGAAGGGAAGGCGGUAGAUUUAGAUUUGCAGGCCGUGGUAGUUGAUGAACGAGGAUGUAUAGUUGAUGCGGUGUACUACAACAACAUGAAGGCACUUAAAGGAUCCCUAACUCAUUCUGGUGAUGAGCAGACGGGUCAGAAGGAAGGUUUCGACGAGCUUAUAUGGGCGAAUCUGCCGAAGCUGCCAGAGAACAUCAGGUUGUUGAUCUUCGUAGUUGCCGCGUACAGCGGCGGCAGUUUGCGUGAUGCCAAGAACGGAAAGCUGCACGUGCUGGAAGGGAACAAAGACUGCCAGGUGGCAUGCUUUGCAUUGGAGCAAAGCAUCUACGCAGUGGACGCUGUUGCAUCCAUUCUUCGUACGGACAGUGGCUGGCACAUGCAGAUCAUUGAAGAGCCGGCGAGAGAAGGCCGUCACUUCAUCGACAUCCUCGAACCAGUGCUGGGGAACAUCAUCCGUGCUGCAAUUCCGGGAGCCCCCAAGCGCCAGAAGGUGGCUUUUGCAAUGGAAAAGGCAUCCGUCGUGGAUUUGCCACAAGCUGAAUCCCUCGGAACCGUGCAAGCUUGCCUAGGGUGGGACGUGUCCCCCGAUGCUGGUGUUGAUGUCGACUUGGACGUGUCUGCAGUUGUUGUGGGUGGUGACGGGCAGGUCAGGGGUGCCGUCUUCUUUGGCGAGCUGGAGGGCUGGGCCUUGACACACAGUGGGGAUAAUCUCACGGGCGAGGGCGACGGGGAUGACGAGGUCAUCACGGCCAAUCUUCAACGAAUUCCGGCGGACAUUCAUCAAAUCGUUUUCGUGGUUAAUGUUUACACUCGUGGAGUUACGUUUGAGAAGGUGUCGAACGCGUAUUGCCGCAUAUUGGAUUCAUCUGGUGAGGAGAUGGCUCGCUAUGUAUUGCGAGAGGGCCGCGGUGAGCGAGGGCUUAUUAUGGCCAGACUGUUCAGGGAGGGUGGUGGAGAUGGAGAGCGAUGGGGGUUCCAGGCCCUCGGCAGCUUUUGCAAGGGUCAGACGUGGAAGGAUUCAGUUCCUGACAUCCAGGCGCUCGCCCGAAAAACUGCAAGACAGCUGCAGAUGCGUUCUGGCACAAUGAGCUUUGCGCAGGACUCAACCAGCGAACCUGCAGUUGUCGCCACUCCAAUGAAAUCGGAGGACUCGCCGAAGUCUGGUGCGUGCGAUGUCUUCGCCUCAGUUUUCAGUUUCGAGUCUUUGUCUCUGUCACCUGACUCGAACGUAGAUCACAAUUUGGAAGCAAUACUCUUGAAGCCCUGGCUCUACGAUGUACAGAGAGCCUUCCACAAAGUUCGCAAUGCAGGCUCCCUGUUCCCGCGUCUUGUGCUUGUUGUCGUCGUGUCACUGCGUUUCAUCAUCUCAAACUUCGCGUCCCCGGAGGACUUGGUGACCUGGUGGCAGUGCCAAGCAUGUCAACUUUUCUGGUAUGGUGUCUUCUCCCACAGGUACACCAAAGGGGAGUAUGAGCAGCUAGACGCAGCCUCUGGCAGAGGUGUCGAUUCACCGGAAGUGCCAAUGCGGCGCUUUUACGAAGUCUGCAUGGUGUUCCAGCACAAGACGGACAAAAGAUUUGCGUUUGACGAGCAAGAAAACGAGUUCCACCGGGCUCUGCCACCUGCUGGGCCAGAGGAUCAUACCAAGAUGCAGGCGGACACAGAAGGCAAUCACAUGCUCUACUGGCUGGAGAACAAUGAAGACAGCUAUGUAUCAACAACUGUAGUUCCGAAGAACAUGUGCGCGACCCGUGCACAAGGCAAGGAUAGCGCCAGGAGUGCCCUGCUCCAGCUGCGUGCCAAAGGCAGAAUGCUCCAAUUGAUGCAGCAGCCUACGCGGGACUUGUGGCAGAAGGUGCCUGGCUACACAUCAGAUGAGGACGAGGAACUUGCAAGCCGCGAGCCCACACCCUCGCAGUUGGAAGGUCGGCUGGCAGAGGUGUUGCUUGCGGCUUCUAGCCGUGGCUUAGACCGUCCCAUGAUGCAAUUUCGACCAGUGCCAUUCUCUGGCAGCAGGGCAUGUUCACAGAGUGGGGCGAAGAGUCGCUCCCCUGGCGUGCCAGCAUUCCUGUUGAACGCCGCGGACGCCCCUCUCCUGCAAGAGACGUUCCUUCACAACGGUAUGGUUCCAACCCUUGGGAACGACUAUGUGAUCCAGUGGUCUGGACCCAACAUCAAAGAUGCUGUAUACCAGAGUAUGACUGAAUGGCAAAGGAUAAACCAUUUCCCCGGUUCAACAGAGUUGACUCGAAAGGAUCGCCUCUGGCAUCAUUUCGCAGAGAUGGCGCGAAACUAUGGUAAACAGUGUUUCGAUUUCGUACCGGAGACUUACGUGCUGCCAGAACAGUUUGAUGAAUUUCUCACAUGUUACCAGAGGACGAGAUGCACUUGGAUUGUCAAGCCCAACUCGUCUUCAAGAGGUAGAGGAAUCUUCAUCCUCCAAGAUCUGUCAGAGCUUCCUGUCGACGAGACGGUUGUGGUUUCACGGUACAUCAUGAAUCCACUGUUGAUUCAAGGCCUCAAGUUUGACCUGCGAGUUUAUGUGCUGGUGACUUCCUUCGACCCCUUGAAAGCGUAUAUCUAUCGUGAAGGACUGACUCGCUUCGCGUCGGCACCUUACAGUACAGAAGCGGAUCACAUGCAGGACGCCUUCCGUCAUUUGACAAACUACUCAAUCAACAAAAACUCGUGCACCUUUGUGGAAAAUAGUGACCUUCGCUGUGACAAUGUUGGCCACAAGUGGAGCUUGUCUGCAUUGAACAAUCACCUGCGUUGUGUUGGAGUGGAUGUUGAUCUCAUGUGGACUCGCAUCAUGGACUUGAUUGUGAAGACGUUGAUGUCGGUGGAGCCCGCGAUCAGCAACCGAACGAGACAAGUUCUGGCAGGCAGGGAAAACUGUUUCGAGCUCUACGGGUUUGACGUGCUGGUAGAUGAUGAACUGAAGCCAUGGUUACUGGAGGUGAACCUAAGCCCAAGCAUGCAAGCAGAAUCCCCACUUGACUGGCAGAUCAAGAGCUCCUUGUUGGCUGACACCUUCAACAUUGUGGGUGUGAGCUCGCCGGAGAGGGGGACCCCGAAAGACAGAGCCCGGAAUCAUGCACAGCCCUGGAAGCAGGCAGGCAACGGGAAAGGUGAAUGCGCGAAGGAGGACAUUCCCGUCGAUGAGAAUCUGCCACCCGUUGUUCUCAACGCGCUACCUGACUCAGCUCUGAAGAUGAUCGCCAAGUCCAUCGGCGAGCGUGCGCGAUGUCGAAACUUCGUCUCCCUUUAUCCGACGCGUGCAGCCGUGAAGCGCUAUGGCAUCAUAUCAGAGGGCCGCAUGCAGCCCGGAAGCUUUUCUCGCAGCGGCUUCCCCACUGCACCUCUUUCGCUGUCGCAAAUCUUGGCUUCGAUUCUUUAUGGACCUGCCCCGCUGCGGUCGGCGACGGAGAUGAUCAGACCCGAUCUGCGGGCCGAGGGGUCUCGGGUUGAAGACAAGAAAGAAGCUAUGCAAGCUGUGAGGGCCUUGCCAGAGGGCAGCACUCAGAGAGAGUGGCAUCGACCACGAGCUGUAGCGGACAAGGAGAGCAUCCUGGGACCCAAGGAGCCCUUGUCCGGACAAGUACCUGCUGUUCCUGUGUCACCGCUCCCGCCCAGCGUGGCAGACCCUGGCAGCAGCUUGGAGGACCGAGAGUACGCGCUCAUGGCUGCCCGCCGCACACUACGAAGCCUGUCAGGAAAGACUUCUCGAUCAAAAGCCGAUCUUCAGCCGGAGGAUUUGGGCCAGGCUGACGAAAAGCCCCUUCCCAUCUCUUCGGUGAACAUGGCCUCUUGCCUCUUGCUGAUGGAGUACCUUAUGCGCAUGGAGGCCGCUUGCGACAAUUUGGGACCUUCCGCGUGCGCCCGGCUGGCUCGGAGUGCGUCUUACGCGCGGCUGUCCAACUUCCAUCGGCAGCUCCCCAGUGCAGCCAAAGCGUUCAACGACGCGAGUUCAUCCAGUUCAAGUUCGUCCGACAGCCCACAGGCGAAGGAGGGCAGUCUCAUUGAGGAUCUUGGAAAUGCAUGCCGAGACAGCCUCGACGUCUUGGAAAGAUUCGCUUGGCAGGAGGCUCCCACUGACUGGGAGUUGCACGAAGAGCGAGAUAGCAAGCCUCGGGACAAUCUUCCAAGCAGUCGGGCGAGGAUGCUGUCCAAACGACUCCCAAAGGCCUUUGAGAAGAGCAAGGAAUGCAAGAAGCUGCUCAAGGUUCUGCCAGAGCUUCGAGCGGCUGACUUGGAAAGCCUGCUGCGUGGGCAUGCAGCUUCGGGCUUGCCGUCCAGCAAUGAUGACGUCUGCUCCAUGCUGGAGUGUUUCAGGACAUCCGAGGAGCAGGAGGACGGGAAGGACUUUCAGCGGUCCUUGCCGGGUGGUCUCUGGCAGGCGGCGUCAUCGCCGAACCUGGCGCGAGCCAAUUCGCAAGUCUUGCCCACGAUUGGCGCAGAGUCUCGGGGCGGCGGAUGUGACAGAGGCGAGAUACCUUGCGGCCCACUGUCGGAAAUCCUCACUGCAGCUGCAGCAGCGCACGUCGAGCCAUGUCGGCCUUGUCGACGACCUCACCUGUCCGGGCGAAGAAGCCCCCCCAAGCACAGAGGCUUGAGCAGGUCGAGCUUCGCAUCCUGGCCUAGACUUUCGAGUGCGAAGUCCUUGCCUCCCGCGGCAGUGAUGAAGGAAGUCACGGCGUCCUUGGCAAACCGCAUCGUCAUGCCAGUACCCAACUUCAUGUCCACGGGCAUCCGGCGCCGAUCAAAGCCUCGAGCCCUGCCAGAGCUUCUGCCCGAGGUACGAGUGCCCGCUGAAGGGAGACAUGGCAGCAGAGAUGCCAGUACCUCCCCGCGGGAUUCCUCAGCCGCUCGAGCAGCUCUGACUGCGCGGUUUGACAUCGAGCUCUGCUUGUCGUGCGAACCCGGAAUGUGGAAGCAACAUCGGGAAUCUAUCUUAAAGACUUUGCAGAACUGUGGCCUCAACCUGUACUGCUUCUACAGCAGAGAUAGAGAUCAAAUCUUGGUAAAGAUCGGAGCUGGUGCGCAGAAGCUUCGAGACACCGCUGCAAGGAAGCGAUACAAGCUUCAGCUUAAGAAGGAGUAUCUGAGUGCCUUUGCCGAGUUCCGGCACGACUAUCCGGGAAGGCCGGAGUUCCGCUUCGCCGACCGGCGUAUCAUCUCACACAUUUACCAAACACACACCGAGGACAAUUUGGACGGCAGCGGCAUCUUCAAGACGGUCGACAAGAUCCAGCUGAUCUCCCACAUCAUCCAAUCCAAGGACAAAGACUGUGCAGGCAUCAAUGUAGCGAAGCUCUUGCACCAGAAAGAGGUGAAGGCUUUCUUCCCAUUGCAUGAACAGUCUGUCAUGGACAAGAUCAAGUCGCUCCAGUUCAAAUGGUUCUGGCCUGAUGAAGAGCAUGCAAACCGGCUGCGGGACUACUUCGGUGACAAGAUCACCUUUUACUUCUUGUGGAUGGCCUUCUAUGUGAAGUGGCUCUCGCCGCUGGCGUGCCUAGGCCUUUUCCUUCAAUUCAUUGACUGGUGUGCACGGACGCCCGACAAUGUGACGGCGAUCCCUUUUUGCGUACUGAUGAGUAUUUGGUCCCUGUGUUUACCACACUUCUGGCGCCGGCAAGAGGCCAAAUGUGCCAUCAGCUGGGGAUCCAUGGACCUGGUCGAGCAGCUUGAGCCCCACCGGCCAGAGCACACGGGAGAACAGCUCAUUAACCCUGUGACUUCGCAGGCAGAGCCACACUAUCCGCUUUCCAAGCGCAUCUUCAAGUUGCCGGUGCUUUUGCCUGCUUUUGCUCAAAAGGAAGCUAAAAAUGCUUUGGUAGGUGGUCAUGGAGAGUUUAGAUGGCGGCACUUGCAGCUUUGGAGUGGACAUGAGCGCCAGUCCGAGUCUCAUCGCCGAGACGAGUCCCUCGGCUCCCUCUGCUCUCUCGGCCUCGCCAGAGGCAGAGCCGAUGCAUGCGGAGCUUCUCCGCCUACGUGA